AGCCUGAUUCCAUGUCCCCCGCUGCCUCCCUGCCAGACUCCCGAAGAUGAUGGCCAUGAACGCCAAGCAGCCUUUCGGAAUGCACCCCGUGCUGCAAGAACCCAAAUUCUCCAGCCUGCACUCCGGCUCUGAGGCCAUGCGCCGAGUUUGUCUCCCAGCCCCGCAGCUGCAGGGUAAUAUAUUUGGAAGCUUUGAUGAGAGCCUGCUGGCACGCGCGGAAGCUCUGGCGGCGGUGGAUAUCGUCUCCCACGGCAAGAACCAUCCGUUCAAGCCCGACGCCACCUACCAUACCAUGAGCAGCGUGCCCUGCACGUCCACCUCGCCCACGGUGCCCAUCUCCCACCCGGCUGCACUCACCUCGCACCCUCACCACGCGGUGCAUCAGGGCCUCGAGGGUGACUUAUUGGAGCACAUCUCUCCCACGCUGAGCGUGAGCGGCCUGGGGGCCCCGGAGCACUCGGUGAUGCCUGCGCAGAUUCACCCACACCAUCUAGGUGCCAUGGGCCACUUGCACCAGGCCAUGGGCAUGAGUCACCCGCAUACCGUAGCACCUCACAGUGCCAUGCCUGCGUGUCUCAGCGAUGUGGAGUCAGACCCUCGAGAGCUGGAAGCCUUCGCCGAGCGCUUCAAGCAGAGGCGCAUCAAGUUGGGGGUAACCCAGGCGGACGUGGGCGCGGCUUUAGCCAAUCUCAAGAUCCCUGGAGUGGGUUCGCUCAGUCAGAGCACCAUCUGCAGGUUCGAAUCUCUUACCCUGUCGCACAACAACAUGAUCGCGCUCAAGCCGGUCCUCCAGGCCUGGUUGGAGGAGGCCGAGGCCGCCUACCGAGAGAAGAACAGCAAGCCGGAGCUCUUCAACGGCAGUGAGCGGAAGCGCAAACGCACGUCCAUUGCUGCCCCAGAGAAGCGCUCACUCGAAGCCUAUUUUGCCAUCCAGCCACGUCCUUCAUCCGAGAAGAUCGCAGCCAUCGCUGAGAAACUGGACCUUAAAAAGAAUGUGGUGAGGGUCUGGUUCUGUAACCAGAGACAGAAACAGAAACGAAUGAAGUACUCUGCUGUCCACUGACUGCGGCGGGUGCGGCAUCCGGAGGAGCCGGGAGAGCCUAGUGGCAUCGCCCCCUUCUGAUGGGAGGGACCUUUACGGGACAC